AUGAGUGGAGGAGCCUCUUCCAAGAGUAUUGUGACAGGGGUUCACCCUUUUGGAAGUUUUAAUAUGGAUGUUGAUUGUUUAAAAGAGAUGGGUGAAUUUAGAGAAUGGAUGAAUGAAGGUCGCAGACCACGUAACAAGGAUCGUGGCAUUUAUGUUGCACUGUUUGCGGCAAGAUUUAUAUGUGGUAGUAAUGUGUUUGACAAUGAAUUUGAUGUCAAUACACAACGUAUCAAGUUUGGCUCGUUGCUGUGGAAUUAUGGCAAGAUGAAACUAGAGAAACAUAUUACCAGUGAAUCUAAAUCGUCAGGAAUAAUUAAAAAAAUGGAUUGCAUGAAGCGUUAUUAUAAUUAG